AUGCUCUCGGCCAAUGCAAAAUCCUUUUGGCCCGCUGGUACACCUUCUUUCCAGCCUAUGUCACCAUGCUUCGAAGACAGGAUCCAUCCUGCAUCUUUGAGCGUAUGCGGUGUCCACAAUCCCGCCCUUCUGGAGCUGAUUCGAACCGAUGUCUCGCGAGAAAUGGUUUUUUACCUCGCCGACAGAGCCACCUCUGUCAUUGCCUGCAGCACCACUAUCCCCCUUCCACCCUCUCCGCCACCUACACCGGCAAAGGACAAGUCACCAGGGCUCCCCACGUUGGAGACGUUCAUCGCCGUUGUGUGCGAACAGUCCAACGUCCAGGUCUCUACCCUUCUCGCGACCCUCGUUUACCUGGAGAGGCUCCGCCACAGAUUACCCAAAGUCGCCAAAGGGAUGCCUUGCACUCGACACCGAGUUUUCCUCGCCACUUUGAUCGUCGCUGCCAAAUAUUUGAACGACUCGUCACCAAAGAACAAGCAUUGGUGCCGAUACGCCCAAAUGUUCUCCCAGGCUGAGAUCAACUUGAUGGAGAAACAGUUGCUGUACCUCUUGGACUACGAUCUUGCGAUCACCGAGGAGGAGAUUGUCUUCAACUUUGAGCCAUUCCUUUCUCAAUACACCUUCGACUCGCCGGUCGCGUCGACCUCUUCUCCCGUCAUGCCCCCUACCCCUUCCACACCCAUCGACACCAUUGGACCCAUUCGGACCACGCCUCGACGACACCGUCGGACCGCUUCCAGAGGAUCGCACACCUACGUCGCACCCCCUCUGGAUCGAUCCGGAUCAUCUUCCUCUCUCGAGGCAGACGAUCUGCCCCUUACACCGAGUCAAGGUUCACCCUUGUCUCCUCGCAAGGGGCGCAGUGUAUCGCACGUCCACAUUCAGAAACCGCCGGCCGUUUACGAAGCCCCUUCAGCGGGUUCGUACGCGCUACCAAGGAGUGUCAGCGCCACGGUCAUACCAAAGGCCGCUAUCGCCCCGGUCACCAAGGACGGGUUCCUCGGUCGAUUCUUGAGGUCUGAACGUCGCCGUCGACCGGCGUCCAAGUUGGAUGAGGAAGAGGAAGCCGUCGCCGCCUUGUCUUGGGCAGCCGUGUAA